AAUUCCAAUACGCAACAAUGUCAAUGUUCGUUCAUUAAUUACAUUUUUAUACUAUAUUGUUAGUUUCUUGUUAUUUGCAUGUAAUGCAUUGCAUGUCACUUUAUUUUCCUCCCAUCUUUUCAAUCUCAGACUCAGAGAAUGUACAGCGCCUAGUACAAGAUGAAAUGAAAUAAAAUUCUGCCAAGAUUUGAUACCAUAUACCUUUAUUUUAUUUUUAUUUUUUCUUUGCUUCUUUAUAUCUUGCAACAAACCCUUGCAAAGGCUUCUUGUCUUUCUCACUCUUUUAUACUUUCUUGCUUGCUCUUGACUUUCUUCUAGAACCAUUGCAUGAGAUUUGUAAUGGUUUUGAGUAGAAAAAAUAACUUUGAACUUGUUUUGUCAUAAGUGAAAGUUUCUUCAUUAUUGUCUAGAGAACUAGCUAGCAAGUACAAAUGAAGGAAGAAACUGGACUUGAAUCUCAACUAGCUUCAUGUUUUUCUUCCUCUUGCAAAAGUCUCGUGUUUCCUUCUAGGCCUGACUAUGGCAAACUUGGAACAAAGUGUGUUGUCAAAGCUAAUUACUUCCUUGCAGAUAUUUCAGUAUCUGACUUGAGCCAUUACCAUGUUGAUAUAACUCCUGAAGUUAUAUCUAGUAAAACAAGAAAAGCUAUCAUAGCUAAGUUAGUGAAGUUUCACCAGAACACUGAAUUGGGAAAGAAGCUCCCUGUUUAUGAUGGUGCAGAGAAUCUUUACACUGCCGGUUCGCUUCCUUUUACACACAAAGAGUUCAAUAUACUAUUGAUUGAGGAUGAUGAGGGUUUUGGUACUACAAGGGAAAGAAAAUUUGAAGUUGCAAUCAAGUUUUUAGCUCAUGUUAGUAUGCAUCAGUUACAUGAGCUUCUCAGUGGAAAAAAAGUGGAAACUCCACAAGAAGCUAUCAAUGCCAUUGACAUUGUAUUGAAGGAGCUUGCAUCUCAUAGCUAUGUAUCAUUUGGGAGCUUACACUAUUCUCCGGAUUUAAAAAAACCACAUAAGCUGAGUGGUGGCUUGGAAUCAUGGAGCGGUUUCUAUCAAAGUAUAAGGCCUACUCAGAUGGGAUUAUCGCUUAAUGUUGACAUGGCAUCCACGGCGUUUAUAGAACCGCUCCCUGUGAUUGACAUUGCAGCUCAAAUUUUAGGAAAAGAUGUGCACUCAAAGCCAUUGUCAGAUGCAGAUCGCAUCAAGAUUAAGAAAGCCUUGAAAGGUGUGAAAGUAGAAGUUACAUAUAGAGGAAGUUUUAGAAGGAAGUACAGGAUAACUGGAUUAACAUCACAACCUACAAGAGAACUCAGUUUCCCUUUGGGUGAGAAAAUGAAUAUGAUAUCAGUAAUUGAUUACUUUCAAGAAAUGUAUGGAUACAAAAUCAUGUAUCCUCAUUUACCUUGCCUUCAAGUAGGAAGUCAAAAGAAGGUGAACUAUUUGCCUAUGGAGGCAUGCAAGAUAGUUGGUGGACAGAGAUAUACAAAAGGGCUUAGUGAGAAGCAGAUAACUUCUAUGCUAAAAGUCUCAUGUCAGAGACCACGCGAAAGGGAGAAUGAUAUUCUUCAGACAAUUCAUCAAAAUGAUUAUGAUUGUAAUCCUUAUGCAAAGGAGUUUGGCAUCAGCAUCGGCAACGAACUUGCAUCAGUCGAGGCUAGGGUUCUUCCUGCUCCUUGGUUGAAAUAUCAUGAAACUGGAAGAGAUAAAAAAAUCUUGCCACAAGUUGGACAAUGGAACAUGACGAACAAGAAAGUUGUAAAUGGAAGCAAAGUAAGAUAUUGGGCAUGUAUCAAUUUCUCAAGAAGUGUCAAAGAAAAAACAGCUAGUGCAUUUUGCCAACAGUUAGUUCAGACUUGCCAAAGUUUAGGCAUGGAAUUUAGUGAGGAACCAGUUAUUCCUGUAUAUUCAGCAAGGCCAGAUAUGGUUAAGAAGGCCUUGAAGUAUGUACAUUCUUUUUCUCUAAACAAACUUGAGGGAAAAGAGCUAGAGUUGGUUGUUGCCAUUCUUCCAGACAACAAUGGCUCUCUCUAUGGUGAUCUCAAAAAAAUCUGCGAAACAGAUCUCGGGCUGAUUUCCCAAUGUUGUCUUACAAAAUAUGUAUUCAAGAUUAAUAGACAGUAUUUGUCAAAUGUAGCACUAAAGAUCAAUGUCAAGAUGGGAGGAAGGAACACAGUACUUUUGGAUGCUAUAAGUUGCAGGAUUCCAUUGGUUAGUGACGUUCCAACAAUAAUUUUUGGAGCUGAUGUAUCUCAUCCUGAAUCUGGAGAGGACGUGUGUCCAUCCAUUGCGGCUGUUGUAGCCUCCCAAGACUGGCCAGAAGUGACAAAGUAUGCAGGAUUGGUAUGUGCUCAGCCUCCUCGAGAAGAAAUUAUUAAAGAUCUUUUCAAAUGUUGGAACGAUCCUCGUCGCGGUAUCGUUUAUGGUGGCAUGAUCAGAGAGCUCUUGCUCUCAUUUCAGAAAGCAACUGGAAAGAAACCAUGUAGGAUAUUAUUUUACAGGGAUGGGGUAAGUGAAGGACAGUUCUACCAGGUUUUGCUAUAUGAGCUCGAUGCCAUCCGUAAGGCUUGUGCAUCUUUGGAGCCUGGUUACCAACCUCCGGUUACAUUUGUCGUGGUUCAAAAACGGCAUCACACUCGACUCUUCUCAGACAAUCACAACGACAGAAACAGCAUGGAUAGGAGUGGGAAUAUCUUACCUGGAACUGUGGUGGACACAAAGAUUUGUCAUCCUACUGAGUUCGACUUCUACUUGUGUAGUCAUGCUGGAGUUCAGGGUACAAGUAAACCAGCUCACUAUCAUGUUAUAUGGGACGACAACAAAUUCAGUGCCGAUGAGAUUCAGUCCUUAACUAAUAACUUGUGCUACACAUAUGCAAGAUGUACGCGGUCUGUUUCUUUAGUGCCUCCUGCGUACUAUGCUCAUCUGGCUGCUUACAGAGCGCGAUUCUACAUGGAACCUGAUGUCCAUGAAAAUGCAAAAUCGCAAGUUACAGGAUCGAAAGUCGAGUCAGUUCGACCACUACCAGCUCUAAAAGAGAAGGUUAAGAAAGUAAUGUUUUACUGUUGAAUGAGGGGCUUUGUAGGACGACUUCCAAGUAGAGAAAUUGGUUCAUUUGUAUAAUUCUCUGCAUGGAAAUUUUUGACAGAGUCUAAGUUUUGUUUCUUAGGCUUUCAAGUGAUUAACCAAAAAUAAUGGCUCUUAAUGUAGAAAUUAUUGGUUCUUAAAUUUAAUUAUUUCAAUCUUCUCUCA